CCUUCUUCCCGAUGUUUUAAUUCAUCGUCGCUAUGGCCAAGCGGACGGCCACAUGCACCGCGGCUUUGCUGGUGACGCUUUGCUUGCCGGUUGGCUUUGUAGGCCCUUCCAGGACCGCGGCUCACGCACGCGUGCCCGCGGCUCACCGAAACCGGCACCGCGUGGGGCCUUUGGGUGCGAAGAACCCGCCAGACGUGCGGAAGCUGCUGGAAGGCGCCGGGCUCAUUCCGCCGCAGCCCACCGAGCGCUGGGUCCCCGAGGAGGAAGCUUUGGAAUUUGAGACGCCUUUUGAUCAACUCAAACAGAACAUCAAGGAUGCCUUCCUUCAGCCCAACCAGGAAGCCUUAGUCCCGCAAGAGGAGGCCGUGGAAUUCGAGACGCCCAUCUCGCAGCUGUCCAGCUUUCGACCGGAGGAGUUGGAAACGCCCUUGGAGUGGAUCAAGAAAUCUGUGAAGAAGGAGAAGCUGGUACCGGAAGGGGAGGCUUUGAAGUUUGAAACGCCCAUCUCUAUCUUGUUUCAAGAAGAUGAGGAGUUGGAAGCUGAAGAGCUUUGGUCCGAUCUGCUGGCACCGUUGCUGGAGACAGAUGCAGUGGACACCAUGAACGAGAGCAACUACCUCACGGUCACCGUGCAGAAACCGCUUGGGCUGACGGUGGAGGAGAACUCCAAGGUCGCUGGUGGUGGCGUGGCGGUGUGUGGACUGGAACCCAACUCCAACGCGGAGCGUGCUGGCUUGCGCACGGGGCUGCAGCUCUUAGCUGCUGGUGGUGUUCCAGUCCAUGGCAUGUCCCUGGAGGACGCGAUCCAGCCGAUCGAGGCGGCGGAAGACCAGGUGCAGCUCACCUUCUUCAUGGGCAGUGCAGAGGCCUUCUAUGGAGUUCUAGGGCCCAAACCUGCGUGGCUCUCGUCCUUCCUCCACAAGCUGCAAAUCCAACACUUGGCCUGGCAGUGGCAGGAGGGCAAGACACCCCAGGGACGGACCUGGAGCUGGGCUUUAGAGCUUCUAGAUGAACUACGGGAAAGCGACGUGGAUGAGGAGACCUACUCCAAUGCAGUGGUCGCUGCCAUGGAGGCCUGUCAGAAGGCCUCGCGAUGGCAACCCGCUCUGAAGCUCCUGGAUGACCUUUGCGCCUCCAGCGCCGCCGCGGACCUCCGCGCCGCCUACCGCGCGGCCGUGGUGACCUGCGACCGGGGUGGAGAGCCACUGCGAGCAAUGUGGCUGCUGGACGAGAUGAAGGCGCGCAGUGCCUAGGCGCAGGCAUGCCGUCCUGUCAGGUUCUUCCAUCGGAAGUGAAGCUAUGGCAGGAAGGUGGACGCGAUGCCCUUCUCGGGUUGGAAGGGCAGGGAUUCGGAGAAAACACUAGGGAGGGUGGUAUGUGAUACUGCUGGGUGCGGGGUCCAGAGAUGUAUUAUACUGUAUACUGCAUGUGGAUGAACAGAUGAAUGUGAGGCAAUCCGCAAAACCAAUUACCUGAACAUGUCUCCACCGUUUUAGUCCUUUCCACCACUUCUGAGCUGCGUUUCAGCAGGGCGGUUUUGCAGCAUGACAUGGAAGGGCAAGACUGACGCUACCUCCCUGAAAUGAUCAGAUGGCAUGCUCCCGACAGGAUGACCUUCCUCUAGAAACAGAUGGUGAACUCCACUUCCAAUGAGAGUCGGAGAGUAGCUUUAAGACUUUAGCGUAUUGGAGCAUCCCUGGUCCCGAGUUGCCUUCAAGGACACCAUUUUGGAGGGUACCUCUAUGUUUCUCUGUUGCGUCAGGUGGUUCGGACUUCCGGGCCAAAACCCCGCAAGGCGUCCAUGGACCCGCCGUAGCCUGCGGUUCGGCGAUCCGUUCGGCCAAGGCAUUCAGCCGGAUGCGGCCACCUACAAUAGUGCCAUCAGCUCGUGUCGAGCUUUGCUCCGGUCCUUGCAGACCCAGUCGGCGAGCCUGCCCGACCUGCGCGCGCGCGUCCGCCGCGGGCCCCGCC